AUCAGCCUGUCGCACCUGGAGACUCCACAACAGACCUUCUCUCUCCAUAUGGUCAUGGUAGUCCCCGAGCAACACCAGCAUCGAGCAUCAGGUCCUCUGCACGCCCCGCCAGCACUAUCUCACCACGCGAUGAACAGAUCCCAGGCUCUAUAUCUGACAAGUAUAUACUGCCCCUCGACCCCGACGCUAUGUCCGGCAUUAUGCUCACCGACGGUCGUGAGCCCGACGACCACUUGCACACCCCUGAUCCGGUCAGAGACCGUAAGGUGGACAAAGGUGGCAGUAUUUUGACGUGCCGUGGGUUCGUGAACGUAGGCUUCUUGCUUAUCCUCGGCCUCGGUAUCUUGAUGCUCUUCGCCGGAUAUCCGAUCAUCACGUACUUCAUGAAGCAGGAUCCCUCGUUUUCGGGCGGCUUUAACCUGGGCGGGAUCAACGCUACCGGGCAGGUGCCGCAGAUCGCGGGCAACUGGGGCCUCAUUGAUGUCGACACACCCCAGGAAGUACGCACGAAGCAGGACCUGCUGACGGGCCAGACGUGGCAGCUAGUCUUCAGCGACGAGUUCAACUUGGACGGCCGGACGUUCUAUCCUGGAGACGACCCCUACUGGGAGGCUGUCGACCUGCACUACUGGCAGACGGGAAACUUGGAGUGGUACGACCCCAAGGCCAUCGUCACGCGCAACGGCUCUGUGGAGAUCACGUUCAGCAAAGAGCCGAACCACGGCCUGGACUACACCGGCGGCAUGAUGUCGACGUGGAACAAGUUUUGCUUCACUGGUGGACUUGUGGAGGUCAGCGUCUCCCUCCCGGGCUUCAACAACGUACACGGGCUCUGGCCUGCGGUCUGGACGAUGGGCAAUCUCGGUCGAGCUGGCUAUGGCGCAUCACUCGAGGGCAUGUGGCCAUACACCUACGACUCCUGCGAUGUCGGGACCGUCGCGAACCAGACAAUCAAUGGUCUUCCUGUCAAUGCAACGAUCGACGGCGAUACUGGCAAUGGGGGUAUACUAUCUUUCCUUCCUGGUCAGAGGCUUUCUCGUUGCACAUGCCCGGGGGAGUCCCACCCCGGACCUGUCCACGCGAAUGGCGAAUACGUCGGUCGCUCCGCGCCCGAGAUUGAUAUAUUCGAAGCCCAGAUUUCAGUCCCCGGUCUUGACUCCCUUGGCGAUAUCGGUGCUGUUUCCCAGUCUGGUCAAUGGGGUCCAUACAACUAUAAUUACGACUGGUUUAACACCUCGGACAACCUCAUCAUAUCCGACCCAACCAUCAGCGCUUUAAACACCUACAAAGGUGGUGUAUUCCAACAGGCUACUUCAGUCGUCACCGCUACCAACCAGCGUGCGUACGAGUUCGAGGGCGGCGAAUUCGCCGUCUAUGGCUUCCAGUACCAGCCUGGUUUCGAUGGAGGGUACAUCGGAUGGAUCUCCGACGACAAGCUUGCCUGGGUGCUGCGCCAGGAGGGCAUGGCUGCCGACCCUCGAGUGGAGAUCGGCCCUCGCCCCAUCCCUCAAGAGCCGCUGUACUUGAUCGCUAACCUGGGCAUGUCCCCGAACUUCGGCGCCAUCGACUACGACAAACUCCAGUUCCCGACCACGCUCCGUAUUGACUGGGUUCGUGUCUACCAGGACCCGAACAACAUCAACAUCGGGUGCGACCCCCCGGACUUCCCGACGGCGGAGUACAUCAAAGCGUAUGGGGAGGCGUACACGAACCCGAACUUGACAACCUGGCACGACGACUUCAAGCAGCCGGUGCCCCGGAACAGGCUGAUCGACGGGUGCGAUUAGUAGGUCAUGGUGGGGUUGCUCUUGCUGCGGGCAGCUCGCGCGGCAGACACGUUUGUUCGGAAGUCAUAUACCAAUAUACCUUACGUGCCUUUUUGUGCUUGCGUCUAACUCC